AUGGACCCAAACUGCGCCAUCUGCGACGGCCCUCCCAAGAACCGCUGCGACUGCGAAUUCCGUACUCUUGUGCAUGCCGUCGAGGAGUCCGAGCAGCGAGUGCUGGAGCCCAUGUACGACGAGAUCCGUACAUGGGUAACCACACAAGCGCGCGCUGCAAUCCACCGAGACUUCCGAGCGCGGGAAGCGCGGCGGAAGACGGCCUACGAGCGGUGGCUGCUGGACUAUGGGGCGAGAGCGCCGAGAUGGCAGCGGGAAGAGAUGGCGUUCAGUCUGCAAAGGGCCAUCAGUGAGGACUGGAAGGCGGCCGUAGAGAGGUAUCCGGAGGUGCUGGAUUAUUACUAUGGCGAGGUCAAGUGGAGUACUAGGUCGGGUGGGGAAGAGAGACGGCCAGGCGGCGGCGGGGGCGGUGGAGGGAGUUCGAGGACUAGUAGGAGAAGAGAGGUGUGGCAGGGUUGA